UCUAAGUAUGUGGUUAUUAAAUAAAUAAUUAACUGGAAAAAAAAAGGUUACCAGCAAUAUGCUAAUGUAUUUCAAAAAUCACUUUUCUGGUAGGUUAGAUAUUAGGUAAAAGUGUGCCUGAAGCAAUAAUGUGCAUGCUAAGUCGAAUUUAUAUAUCAAGGGAAAUGUCACUCUUUAGCAUAAGUAUUAAUAAAACAUGCAUGUUAUAAAAAAUGCUUAUAUAACACAGCUAUGCUCUCAUUCCACUUUGGGGAUGGAAACUGUAAACAUUUUAAUACAGUAACCAGGCACAAAAAAGAGUAGAGGGAAAGAAAGCAAAGGCUCUUAGCAUAUCCAGACUGACUCCCAGGUCGCUCAGGCAGUCACUUGGGCCAGGGCCUAUGGGCCUGACCAGACCUUAAUUCAGGGCGGAGCACUAGGCGGGCGCCUGGGCAGAGGCCUCUCCAGCGUUCCUGGGGCGAAGGUUGAGCGUUUGAGUGUCCAUGGUAACACUAUGCUUCCGCCUUCUGGAAGCUUACUCUCCAGAGCCUAUUGUGAGCUACCUGUCCCCGUGGGAGGGAGCGAGACUGGGGGACUGAUGGGGAAACAAAGGGGUAGGGGGCUAGGCAAGCUUCUGGAAACAUUUGUUUUAGGAAUUAAGGUAAACUAAGAAAUAUUGGUUCAGGACUCAGCACAAAACAACCUGUCUUUCUGGUCCUUUCGCCCACCCAGGGAAGGAUGCCUCUGGAGGUGGUGGUGGAGCUGCAGAUCCGGGCGAUUUCUUGCCCGGGAGUGUUUCUGCCGGACAAGGAAGGUGUGUACCUGGGAGUCUACCUCCUGAAUCAAUACCUGGAGACUGACUGCUUUCCCUCCGUGUUCCCUAUUGCGAUUCAGCAGAGCAUGAGAUUUGAAAAGGUGUUUGAAAGUGCAGUAGAUCCUGGAGCUGUUGCAGAGCUUUUAGAAAGUUUCCUUACCAGGUUUGAAUUAAUACAACUAGUGUCUCCAGACUGGGAAGAGUUGGCUUACUAUGAAGAAAAUACACGGGAUUUUCUUUACCCGGAGCCCAAGCUAACACCCUCACACCCUGGUAUGCAUAGAGACCUGCUUAUGAAGACGGCUGUAGGUUUUCCAGGCAUUGCUCCCAAACUAGAAUUUUCUACAAGAACAGCCAUCCGAGAAUGUGUGUUUCCACAUAGAAACAGAUUUUUUCCUUGCAGUCUACCUCUAGCACCCACUAAUAGAACAGCUGGAAAAACAAAAAGGAAGUUGGCAGAGUCUCUACUACGGGGUCCCAGAGCUGAGGAAGAAAAGUGUAAAUCACAAAAGCCUUUAUUGACAUCACAUGGACAAAGAGUCCCUUUAAAUAACAGAAAGAUGAAGCCAAAGGACAAAAAUCCAGACAGACUUCCCAAAGGCACACCUUCCCGGGUGCCAUCUCCACUCCUCAACUGCGGCUUCUUCCAACACCAGCCAACUCAGUUGAACCUUGACAGUAACUUCAGAUUCCCCUGGGAAAGGAAGCCUCCAUUUGUGGUUAGACAUGUGGACAGUGAAAAGCCCUUUGGUAAAAAUAAUUUGGAGGAGCAUCAUUCACAGAAGUCUAGAAGACAAUCUAAAUUUUUAAACUUGGCUUUUUCAAUGAGAAGAGCUUCUUCUCUUGACAGCCUCGCAGCAAACAUAAAGGUGAUCAGAGAGCCAGAUGAGCGGAUUAUUUUAAGGAGUCAGUCACCAUCACCUUUAGAUUCAAGUCAGUUUGGAAAGUCCUCGCCCAGACACCAAGGGGAUGCUGAUUUCCACCAGGAAGCUUCAUUUGUUACCUCCCAGAAUUUCAGAUCUCCCAGCCCUCUGGAUCAGCCUCUUCUCCGAGAAAGGUUCCAUCCUCGUUCUCAAUCCACAUGGAAGAAGAUCCAUGAAAGGGUAUGCAGCCUUCUGACAUCCCACAGAGCUCACCCAAAGGAUGAUUUUAUCUCUGAAGCAAAUUAUAUCUGUAAAAGACCAAGCUAUCCUCUGAAGAAACACCCACUGCAUGAGCAGAGAUAUUUUUAACUGAUAUCUCAUGAGGAAGUGUGUGAUAGCCUGACUGCACAUGUGCCGUAGCCCACUUCCCCUUUUGCCAACCUGUAUUCUGCCUUGGAGCCUGGAGACGGAUGACACUGCAACACCAGACACUGCGGGCCAAUGAGGAGAAGACACAGUACCAGAAGAAACCAUCGGGGACCAAUGGGACACAGGGAGGGGGCAUAUAGGCACACCCUGUUUCUGCAAUAAACGAGUCUGCAGCUGCUCACACUGCCUGCU